AUGCGCUCCGGCUCCGGCACGCCUGGCAACGGAUCCACGGCCGAGGAAGGGACAGAGCUUCCCGAAUCAUCCGACAGGUCGCAGGCCAUACUCAACCCAGAUGGAAGCAGGCGCUUGCGAAUGGAAGAACUCGAAGAUAUGAUGUUUAUGGAAGCCGUGCGACUUUCGCUCGCAAGUGAAGAGGACCGGAAGAAGAAAGAAGCCAAGGCGUUGCGUAAGGACGCCAAGAAGAAGGAACAGGCGGAGAAGAAGGCUGCUAAGAAAGCAGCAAAAGAUCCUUAUGGGGGCAGUGUUAGUGGCGCGAGCGGUAGCAGCCUUUCUCUUGGCCUGGGUAGGAAACGAGGCAACAGCAAUGCGAGCAACCUGAGAAUGGAGGCUACCGUACAAGGUGCAUCACAAGCCUCGAAAGGGGAAGAGCGGACAGAUGCGUCGCAAUUCAAGUCAAAUGAGAGCAGCAUCGGAGACGUCAGUGGGAAAGGCAAGUCAGUCGAUCGAAGUGCGACUGAUGCCUCUACAGAAGGGGGCUCAUCAUCGGCUAUCCCAAUUCGGAGUGGCGGCUCGCACCUUCGGCAGAUGAGCAAUGCCUCUUCUCUGGGAUCGUCAUUAGUGGAUUCUGCGCCAGGGAGCUUCUCAGGAACAGGAUUUCUCAACGUGGAUGGUAUCAGGCAGACUCGAGGAGAGGGAAGUGACGGCGAAGAAGCUUCCGAACCCUUGUUCAACUUUAGGAGUCUGGCAGAGCUCGUCGGUGUGAAUAUCGAUGAGGGAACUGCCAUUCCCGAGGAAGACGAAAGCGAAGCGCAAACGGACGCCACUGAUGCCACGCAAGAGACAGCGGCACGACCGCUAUCCCAAGUCAAGGAAGAAGACGAGCUUACAGCUACGCACCACGAAGCAGUGGACGCCCCGAAAGUGGCAGAAAAAGAAGCAGAAAAACCGCAACCCGAGCGAAGUCUGCAUACAGAAGAGACUUUGAUUGGUAGUCAGGGCCCUGACCACGGCAAAGAUGGCAUGGGGCCUGGGCCGACUGUCUUGGUUGAUGGUACAAUGUCUACAGAAGCGAAAUGA